AGGUGUCAGAGUGUGCUCAUACACCGUCGUCGUCGGUAAGUAUACUUAUACCUACCUAACUACACUUCCGUCGAUCCGUCAUCCGAGUACGAGUCAGAGCAACCGGCAAGGGAUCAGGAUCGGUUUUUUCCAAAUUUAUAUUUCUUUCAUUUGAAAUUUUUAAAUAUGGAAUACGAAAUUGCCGAUUUGAUGAACGUUUUGAAUGGCAUUAAUUGGUCAAUCACAGCACGUGUACUAAAAAAAUCCAAUGUUCUCCCAUAUCAAAAAGAACGUGGCACUGGAAAAUACUUUACAGCAAUAUUAAUUGACAAAACUACUGAAAUAAGAGCUAAGGCUUUUGGAGAUGAUUGUGACCGUUUAUUUUCACAACUUCAGGAAAAUAAUGUUUACAAUAUUAAAAAUGGACAAAUACAAUUAGCAGAUAAAAAAUACAACAAAUCAAAAAAUGAUUAUGAAAUUAUUUUUAAUGAGACAACAAUUAUUAUACAGAAGUUUGGAGUUACUGAUAUUCCCAGUCAUCCACAGCUUAAAACUAUUGAAAAUGUAUUUUCAAUGGACCAAAACACUUUGAUUGAUACUAUUGGAGUAAUUAUUGAGAUAGAACAGUCAAAGGAAAUUAAAAAAAAUAACUCUAAUGAUACAUACAAAUUAAGAAAUAUCAUACUAGCAGACUGUACUAGAAGCGUUACCGUUACUCUAUGGGAUAUAGACGCUACUAAUUUUAAUGCCAACGAAGGGGAUAUUAUGUCAAUAAUGGGAGGAAAAAUUAUUAAUUACAAAAAUGUCAAUAAAAUAAGUGUGACUGGAUCUUCAGAAAUCAUAAUUAAUCCUUAUUGGAAUGAAACCUUUGAUCUCCAAAUCUGGUAUAAAGAGUUUGAAAAAAAAAAACUAUUAAAUCUGUCUCAAGUGUCUAUCGGUUCUCAAGAACUUAAUAUGUUUGAAAUAUCUCAAAUUAAUAGAAAUAAAACUAUUAACGAACGUAUUUUGCAACAAAACAAAAUUGAUGACGAUUUGAUUUCUAAAAGAUUACUGGAGCUGAAUGAUGAAGAGCAUAAGAUAAAAAGGGAAAGAACUGAUUUAAAUUUUAAGAAACAACGACUUUCAAUCGAACGAGAGAGUAUUAAAAGUCAUUUGGAGAACUAAUUUUAUAAUAGAUGCUAUAUAUACACUAUUAUAUGUAUUACAUUUUAAUACAUUUCAUAUUAUUCUCAAUUUGCACUUUCAUUUGAAUUAUAAUAAUAAUAAACAGAAAAAUAAAUAAACAUCUAUUACCUA